UUCCAGCUCACCCUCUUUCUUAUGAAGAAGAAGCCACUUAAAAUUUGCUUAAACCCUGAAUUUUGUUGUCUUUCAUUCAAAUAAUUGUAAAACCCCACCGGCCACCCUUUUCUUCUUUGUCACUCUGCAAAGUUCGGGGGUUGGAGCUGGGUCAAUAGAAACUACAAAUAACAAUGCUUUCUUCAAUUACCUCCCAACGGCUGAGACCCUUUCUUCUUCUUCAUCUCCGUCACGCUCAAAUCCUCCUAUAUUCCUCUUUUCCUCACUCUGUUUCCACCAAACCCAUUUCGAUUCACAACCCUACUAACCCAGAACCGCAAUCAAGUUCAACAAUUUAUGACCACACCACGGUGCGUGAAACGCUUUCUUCUUACUGCAAUGACUGGAAGAAAGCCUUGGACUUCUUUAACUGGCUGGAAACUGAAUGUCACUUCCUACACACCACUGUAACCUACAAUCGCAUGCUUGACAUUCUUGGUAAGUUCUUUGAGUUUGAGCUCUGUUGGAACUUAAUUCAAAAAAUGAAGCAGAACCCAGUUUCUGUUCCUGAUCAUACUACAUUUCGUAUACUGUUUAAGAGGUAUGUAUCUGCACACCUUGUAAAGGAAGCUAUAGAUACUUAUAAUAGAUUGGAAGAAUUUGGUUUGAAGGAUGAGACCUCCUAUUAUAAUCUUAUUGAUGCUCUUUGUGAGUAUAAGCAUGUGAUUGAAGCCCAAGAAUUGUGUUUUUGGAAGAACAAAGAUUUGGGUUUUGAUAAGAGUACUAAGCUCUAUAAUUUACUUUUUCGCGGGUGGUUGAAAAUGGGGUGGUGGGGUAAGUGUAGGGACUUUUGGGAAGAGAUGGAUAGGAGAGGUGUUCGUAAAGAUUUGCAUUCGUAUUCAAUAUAUAUGGAUAUAUUAUGCAAGAGUGGAAAGCCGUGGAAGGCUGUGAAGUUGUACAAGGAGAUGAAGAACAAAGAGAUCAAACUGGAUGUGGUGGCAUAUAAUACGGUUAUUCGUGCCAUUGGUCUUUCUGAUGGUGUUGAUUUUUCAAUAAGGUUGCUAAGGGAGAUGAAGGAAUUGGGUUGUCAACCAAAUGUCGGGACGUAUAAUACAAUUAUAAAGCUUUUGUGCGAGAAUGGGAGAUGUAAGGAGGCAUUUUCGUUGCUUAAUCAAAUGCCUAGGAUGGGAUUACUACCAGAUGUGAUAACGUAUCAUUGCAUUUUUAAGCAUCUAGAGAAGCCAAAUGAGAUUCUUAGACUGUUUGAUAGGAUGACUGAAAGUGGGGUUCAACCAAAGAUGGACACUUUUGUGAUGCUUAUGAGGAAGUUUGGAAGAUGGGGAUUCCUCAGACCAAUGUUUCUUGUGUGGAAUAGGAUGGAAAAACUUGGGUGUAGUCCUGAUGAGUCUGCUUACAAUGCUUUAAUCGAUGCUCUGGUGGAAAAAGGUAUGUUAGACAUGGCUAGGCAGUAUGAUGAAGAGAUGCUAGCAAAGGGGCUUUCAGCUAAGCCAAGGGAGGAGUUGGGGACGAAACUAGUGAGCAGUGAAUCUGAUGAUGGGUAAUUGCAAUAUGAUUUUGAUGCUUCGAAAGUACCUACACAUGCAUCUGGAAUACACAGGCAUUUCCACCUGAAUUUUUCUGUUGAAAAGAAAAUGGGAGCUAAGGAAUACCAUCUGAAUAAUGCAAACAGUGCUGAAGGAUAUGGUAUUUAUGGCUCCCAGAUACAUAUUAUUAUGAAGGUGUGCAGCUGAGAACAUUGGUUACACUGAGGAAAGAGUUUGGGGUGGUAACCGCAGAUCAUUCGACGACCUUUUGUGCUGAGCUUGUCAUAGCACAGACACCUAUUUCCUGCUCAAGAUAAAACUAAACGUUAAAGACCUUUUUGAUCUAGGACAUGGAUGUGUGGGUAAAUUUGCCUGCAAAGCUGACAUUUGGAGCCCAGAAGCAUGGCUUCCAUUGGUUCAGAAGUAGGCAAAAUGUAGGGAGAGGAUAUUCUUGUCAGUCCCCUUGUUCUUGCCGAUGCGUUGGAAUUGUUUCCAAAUUUGGAUUCUAAGGACAUAGUUGUUCAUCCAUUUUGUCUUCCACUCUAACAGUCAUGGAAACCCUAUGAUGAUAUUAAGCAAGUUGCCAGUGGUGACAGUAUGCAAGUUGCUGUAUUGGUGUCUAGCUGCACACUGAUAUGGGUAACUUUAUCGUCUCUUUUGGGACAUCUUAUAACAAUUUUUCUUCUUGUUUCCUUUUUUAGUUGCUGGGGAGGGGUGUUCUCGGUUUGUAACAAUUCCUUAUUGGGCAAACUUCUCAAUCGAUUCCUAAUGAGCAAUUAAAUUUAGAGUGAGAAGCAUUUUUGCUUGUGUCAGGAAAAUUGAAUAUGAAAUUGGAUGCACUGUAUUGGGCACUUAAAAUAGUUAUCGGAGUCUCUGUAAUGUUUUCUUAGAGCCUUUUCUCCCUUCCAUAAUUAUUUUAUGCAAUUGCUAGCUUAAAUAUUACUCAUUUUAAUAUAUGUUAGUACAGUUGGUUUUGUACAUUAACAGCCUGGGUGAGUAAGUCUUCUUUUAUUUUCUCUCCUUUCAUUGCAUGUAUCCAAUGGACCUGCGACCACUGCUCUGGAUUAAAACUGUUUAUUAUAUUGGUUGUCCAGAGUCCAGACUAUGCUUCUGUUGCCCAAAAAGUGUUAUUUUACUUAGGAUCAUAUAGAAAAGCCAGUACCCAAGUUAGAAGAAAGAGUUGGACUCCUGGAAGAAGGAUCUUGCAUGGAUGCCACAAUCCUUUCCUUCAUGGUUCUUUGCAGCUUGAAGUGCAGGAAAGCAAAGACUUUUGUACUUGAGAUGUAAUUUUGGGGACUUGUGUGGUUGAAAUGCUUCAUCUUUGGCAUACAGAGUAAACAGCCAACCAAGUCUUAAGCAGAUCUAUAUAUAGUGCAAUUCCAAUCUAGAAACAAUGUUUAGUUUUCACCCAAGGAAGCACUCUAGUGAUCACAUCCUGGGAAGUACCAUUAAUUAUACCCUUCCAUGGUUUACCAAGUUCCUGGAUGUAGCAGUACCAGAAAUUCAGUGUUCUCUUGUCGGUAUUGUUCUUUAUUUGAAAAUCUUUGGACCUCCCUGAUUUUUAUAUUCUCAGGUUUGAUUUUCUUGAUUCUCUUUCCUGUAAGAUCGAUUUCCUUUUUUCCCUGUCUUUUUCUUCCCUUCCAGGCUUUCAGGAUACAAUUGCAGUUCCUUGCUUAUAUUGUAUUGUUUAAGUCUACUUGGCUUGUCUGUGGUCUUAAAAGAAAUAAUAAACACACAUGUCAUUACCAAUCUCAGAGAAAUAGAUUUUGGAACAUCAGUUUAGUAGUUUCUAAAUUUAAUUUUUUUAACAUUUUAAAACGAAAAAUUCCUGUGGAAAUGUUUGUUCAGCAUUUUAUUUUUGGGGGCAAAGUUAGGAAAGGGUAGGAGAGUUUUCUCAGAGACACCAUCAAAGUGUCAUGGACAUUUGAACCUAAGACCAUUGAUCUGCAAGUCAAGUCCUUUUUCCACUAGGCUAGAUGGAUCUCAUUGAGAUAUUUGUUCAACAUUUUAAUCGUGCUGUUUUGUCUAGGGUUUCAAAAUUCCAAUUUUCUUGGAAAGCUUGCACUUUUUUCCUACAAUGACACUUGCGAUGUGCAUCAAACACCGUCCUCAGGAAGCAAAUUUAAAACCAUUCUCUGAGUCUACUUAUGACUUCAAACAUUCAACGUUGAAAAUUCAUGUUGUUCACAUGCAGCUGCCUGGUAGGAACGAAGCUACCAGGACUUGUAAAAGAUGCAAAUCUCGCCAUUUCAACGGUCCCAAUGAAGUCCUUUGUUUGUUAUGCACCAUACAAUUUCUUUCAUAGUUUGCUUUGUAAAAUGUCCCUAUAUGAAAAUUUCAAUAGAGGGUUCUUGAAUGAACGGCUAGGAUCAUCCUUAGCUGACUCAUGGGCUUCUAGGAAGGAGACAAGUGGACCAAACCCAAGAAUGUGACACGGUAGCUAGAAAUUCAGAUUCAGAUCCUCCUAACAAACGGAGACCGUCAGUGCCAACAAGACUCUGGAAAUAAUACAACAUAUGUUGUGGAAAACUAAAAACUAAAAUCCAAGGCCAUCAGUUUAUGUGGCUCCUAAUAGCUUUUGAACUCUCUCUCACACUGCUAUCCGAUAAAAAAACCAAAGGCUCUCAAAAUUACACCAAAAAUAUCCCCU